AUGGCUGCGAAGCUGCGAGCGCAUCAGGUGGACGUGGACCCUGACUUCGCGCCGCAGAGCCGGCCGCGCUCGUGUACCUGGCCCCUGCCGCAACCCGACUUGGCCGGCGACGAGGACGGAGCGCUGGGUGCAGGGGUGGCUGAGGGCGCCGAAGACUGCGGGCCGGAGCGUCGGGCGACAGCCCCGGCAAUGGCCCCGGCACAGCCACUGGGCGCAGAGGUCGGACCGAUGCGGAAAGCAAAAAGCUCCCGGCGGAACGCGUGGGGAAACCUGUCCUACGCCGACCUCAUCACCAAAGCCAUCGAGAGCGCCCCGGACAAGCGGCUCACGCUCUCACAGAUCUACGACUGGAUGGUCCGUUACGUGCCCUACUUCAAGGAUAAAGGCGACAGCAACAGCUCGGCUGGCUGGAAGAACUCCAUCCGGCACAACCUGUCGCUCCACACCCGUUUCAUCCGCGUACAGAAUGAGGGCACAGGCAAGAGCUCCUGGUGGAUGCUGAACCCCGAGGGCGGCAAGACCGGAAAGACCCCGAGGCGCAGGGCUGUGUCCAUGGACAAUGGGACCAAGUUCUUGCGCAUCAAGGGCAAGGCGAGCAAGAAGAAGCAUCUGCAGGCGCCCGAGAGGAGCCCCGACGACAGCCCCCCGGGCGCACCAGCCCCAGGGCCCGUACCCCCCGCCGCCGCCAAGUGGGCCGCCAGUCCGGCCUCGCACGCCAGCGACGAUUACGAUGCCUGGGCCGACUUCCGCGGUGGCGGGCGACCCCUGCUAGGGGAGGCGGCCGAGUUGGAGGACGACGAGGCCCUGGAAGCUCUGGCGCCGUCGUCGCCGCUCAUGUACCCGAGCCCGGCGAGCGCGCUGUCGCCGGCGCUGGGUGCACGUUGCCCUGGGGAGCUACCCCGCUUGGCCGAACUGGGAGGCCCACUGGGCCUGCACGGUGGCGGCGCGGGGCUGCCCGAGGCCCUGCUGGACAGCGCGCAGGACGCGUACGGGCCGCGGGCCCGCUCCGGGGCGCCAGCCUACUUCAGUGGCUGCAAGGGCGCGGCCUAUGGCGGAGGUGGAGGCUUCGUGCCACCGGCGCUGGGCGCACUGCGCCGCCUGCCCAUGCAGACCAUCCAGGAAAACAAGCAGGCCAGCUUCGCACCCGCCUCUGCGCCCUUCCGCCCUGGGGCGCUGCCCGCGCUGCAGCCGCCACCGCCUGCACCGAGGCCCAGUCCGGUGCUGGGCGCGCCGGGGGAGCUAGCGCUGGCAGGCGCGGUCGCCGCCUACCCCGGCAAGGGGGCGGCCCCGUACGCGCCGCCGGCGCCGUCGCGCAGUGCCUUAGCCCACCCUAUCAGCCUUAUGACGCUGCCCGGCGAGGCGGGCGCCGUGGGCCUGGCGCCGCCCGGCCACGCGGCCGUCUUCGGAGGCCCGCCCGGAGGCCUCCUGCUGGACACGCUGCCGGGGCCAUAUGCGGCCGCCGCCGCGGGGCCGCUAGGUGCUGCACCUGACCGCUUCCCGGCCGAUCUGGACCUCGACAUGUUCAGCGGGAGCUUGGAGUGCGAUGUGGAGUCCAUUAUUCUCAACGAUUUCAUGGACAGCGAUGAGAUGGACUUCAACUUUGACUCGGCCCUGCCUCAGCCGCCGCCCGGCCUAGCUGGGGCUCCACCCCCUAACCAGAGCUGGGUGCCCGGUUGA